AUGACGUCAUGUGAGGUCGAAGGGAAAGGGAAGGAGUGAAGGCUUUGGGCCUAGGUUUACUAUGUAUCCGGAAUAAUAAGCCAUAACGGGAGCGGCCAGAGAGGACUGUCCGACCGCAGUUACUCAUAUGAAACAUUCAAACACCUUGCAAGAUAUAUUGGUACAUCUUUAAGAAAUGGAGCUCCCAAAUUACAGCCGCCAGCUCUUACUGCAGUUGCAUACUUUGUGUAAAGAACAGCAGUUUUGUGAUUGCACCAUUUUUAUUGGUGCAUUACAUUUUCGGGCUCACAAGCUUGUCCUGGCUGCUGCAAGUUUACUUUUUAAAUCUUUACUGGAAAGUACUGACACUAUUUCAAUUGAUGCCUCUGUUGUCACUUCGGAAGAAUUUUCCCUUCUUUUGGAGAUUCUGUACUCAGGAAAACUUCCUCCUGGGAAGCAUAACCUUACAAAAAUUAUAUCUGUUGCCGAUAGCCUGCAAAUGUUUGAUUUGGCCGUAAGCUGCAAAAACCUUUUAAGCGAAAUCAUGAGCCACUCCACCCAGAGUCAGAAAAUGAAGGAUGUUUCAAUUCAACCUAAACCUGUAACUAAGACUGAAAUCCUCCCAGAACAGGAUUGCGAGGCUCCGCAAAAUGAAACGACAGAUGAAACUGCUACCAUUGAAAAAAUAACCUCCACCAUAUCUGCUGGGUCAGUUAUGAUUUCUGCUACAGAAGAAACAGAAGCUAGCAAUUGCACAAAAACAAAUCUCCUUGCUAAGGAGCCCAAGACACUUAUGGAUUUGAGCUCUAUGGACAAAACGGUUCCUGAGCUUUCUACAGCACUUGUUCAAGCAAGGGAUAGCAUUCAGAAUGUUGUCUCAAAGGUUUCUGAAAAUGAGCUUGUAUCUUCCAGUAUAGUAAAAGUGGACAGUCCUGUGAAUGUAGAUGCAGUGUCCACAUCAGAAAGCUCUGAUAUUUUAUCAAGUUCUGUAGAAGCUGCAACAUUACCAUGUGCACCACCUACUUUAAAAGAUGACAGUCCUCAUUCCAUGGAGGAACAACCUUGUAUAGAAAAAGAGAUUGAUUCUUUUGCAAAAUUAGGUGAUUGUAUAACAGCAUCCACCCCAAGUUCUUCUAACCAAACAGAACAGCAAGAGUUAGAAGACCUGGCAGAACCUUCAGCAAAGAAAAGAAGAUACUCUGAGCAAGAAAACGAAAAAGCUUCUGGUGAGUUGGAUUUUCUUAUGCGUUAUGAAAGUAUCUUCAGUGAAGCUCUGUCAGACCCGCAGAGUGUAUUAGAAAAUUUGAAAAAGUGUCGCCAUCUCAAAGAAAAUGAAAAGCAGGUAGUCAUGGAGUGUUGCCAAGCUGAAGAAGGGAGUUCUACUUUUGCAAAACUUCUCGAAAAAGUUAAGGAUGGCCAGAGCAUCGUGGUGGAGACAGUGCUUGCAUUGCUGAAGUUGUGCCGUCAUACAAAUCCAAGUGUUAAUGAGUUAUUGAGAGAGAAAGACCUGACAGGGAAUGACUCAGAGGUGGAACAUUCAGAUUCUGCCGAUAAAGAAAAGACCUUGUUUGAUCUGUUAGUGGAACAUAGAGAGGAGCUUGUUCAGUGUAUUACGGAGCUUAGUCCUAUUAUUGAGUGCCUGGAUACAGCUGAGGAAGGAUUCCUUACCAAUAUUGAAAAACAGGUGAUUAUUGAUUGUUGUGAGGGUGGAUCCCACAAAGAGACCAUGGACAGACUUUUGAGGAAAGUUUUAGAAACCAAAACAUUGAGCCCGGAUAGCUUGGUGAAGCUUUUACAAGCUGUGAGGGAGGCCUUUCCAGAUCUGCACUCUCUACUGGAACUACUGGAACCGAAUAGCAAACAAUCAACCUCUAAAGUAAUGUUGAGCACAGCUGACUUUGGACUAGAGUUGCUCAGACAGUACCAGGAAAAUUUUUGUGAAGUGGUUACUUCGUCAGAGAUGGUGAUUAGUGAUAUUUCUUCAGCUACCAAUUUAACAGCUUAUGAAAUACAGGUCUUGGAACAAAUUGCAAAAAAGAAUUCAAAUUCCAGGAUUUUCAACACACUGAUUAAUUCUGUGUUAGAUGAUCAAACCUUAACGGUGAUGGCGUGCUGGCAGCUGUUAUUUGCAAUGCAAACCACUAAUGUGUCUCUUAAGUCACUAAUUGAAGAGAUUCGAAAGGAGCCUGGUGCCGAUGCUUUCUUCCUGACGGUAUCCAACAGAGAAAAUGAAGCUGCUGAUAUAUUGGUGCGCCACAGCGACUUAAUCGUAAAAGCACUUGGCCAGAACAACACUCUUGAGUCUGCACUUCCUGAAGAUAAAGCUUUGUCAGAUUUAGUGAAAGAGCUUUUCAAUACACCAGCAGAAAGUGAAGACAACGAUGCGAGUUUCAAGCUCCUGACUUCUGCACUACAGCAAAACAUACCAGUCAUGAAAUUCUGUAAUUUGCUCUUCACUGUCCAGGACUCUGCUCCAGACUUACAACCUGUUAUAAAAGAGCUAGAGCAGCUGGGCUUGCUUAUGGAUGAGAGAUCAAAUAUGCAAGGUAUCAGCAAGUGGAGUGUUGCCAACGAUUUCCAACUAGUAGUUGUUGAAGAGUUUGGUGAAAGAAACGAUGAAGACGAAGAUACUAAAGAUGAUGAAAAUGAAAAUGAAGAGGCAGAGGCCAAGAAAGAGGAGUCUGAAUCAACACAGGAAAAGGAAUCUGCUGGUUCUACUAAAAAGAGAUAUGUCUGCCAGUCAUGUGACAAGAUAUUCCUGUUCCGUUGUCGUCUAGAGGUGCACAUGAAGCGCUGUCGAAUGGCAAAAAGGAAUCCUUUACAAUGCAAGGAUUGUAACGAGGUCCUAACUUCUAGAAAAGAGCUAGAUCAGCAUCGAGAGGAAAUUCAUGGUUUUGCAACGUUUCCUCGAUCAACCAAAGGGAAAAGGAAAUUGCUUGUUACAUGUGAUAUUUGCGGAAAGGAGUUUGCACAUCCGUCAGGAUUACAGUAUCACAAAAGAACAGAGCAUUUUGAUGAGAAGCCAUUCUCCUGUGAAGAAUGUGGUGCAAAAUUUGCUGCCAACUCCACACUUAAGAACCAUUUACGUCUUCACACAGGGGAGAGACCUUUUGUAUGUAAGCACUGUCACAUGACUUUCACCCAGGCAGCUGCACUAUCAUACCAUACCAAGAAGAAGCAUUCUGAAGGAAAGAUGUAUGUGUGCCAGUACUGCGAUGCUGUCUUUGCACAAUCCAUUGAACUGACGCGGCACGUGAGAACCCAUACUGGAGACAAGCCAUAUGUCUGUAGAGAAUGUGGGAAAGGCUUCAGUCAAGCCAAUGGUCUUUCCAUCCACCUGCGUACAUUCCAUAAUAUUGAAGAUCCAUAUGACUGUCAAAAAUGUCGAAUGAGUUUUCCUACUUUGGAGGAGAAUCGACAGCACAUUCAGGUUGUACAUUCCAAGGAAUACCAUCCCUGUCCUACAUGCGAGAAGAUUUUCAGUGCUCCAUCCUUACUUGAGCGCCAUAUUGUAACCCACGUUGGAGGAAAACCCUACAAUUGUGAGAUAUGUGAUAAGGCCUACCAGCAACUUUCAGGCUUGUGGUAUCACAACCGCACACAUCACCCAGAUUUGUUUGCUGCGCAGAACCAUCGAUCUUCCAAAUUCUCUGUCCAGUGUAGUACCUGUGAUCAAUUUUUCUCAAACCCAUCCAUCCUCCAAAAACAUGCAUUACUAGAGCAUGCUGAUGGCAAGCUUUAUGAAUGUGACAAGUGCAAGCAAACAUACCCAUCACCUGCUGCAUUACAAGUGCAUAUCAAAUGUAAACAUUCAGGAUCCCAACCAUUCCAGUGUCUUUAUUGUACCGACUCUUUCCAGUUCCCUGGUGCACUCCAGCAUCAUGUUGCUACUCAACAUUUCAGUGAGACAGAAAGCACAUUUGGCUGUGAACUUUGUGGGGAGCUUUUCACUAAUCAGACUCAGCUGGAGAGACACUAUGAAACUGAACAUCUAACAGAAACAGAGUCUACAGAUGGUCAAGUAGUGCAGGUCAUUCAAGGAGAAGAUCAAGUAUCAUCAACAGAACAAGUGAUUACUUUGGACGAGUCUCAUCUAGCAGGCUCCCAGGUGAUUGUGGCAUUACCAGAUUCUCAAAAUAGCCAAAAUGCUACUGAACUGGUGGCAGUAAGCAUGGAAGAUUUACUGGAUGGCACAGUUACUCUUAUUUGUGGAGACUCUGUUACUGGUGUAACACAAAGAACUCAAAGUUGAAUUGUAUACAGGACACCGAUAUGAAUUUUCCCAACUUUGGAUUUUUUUGCUGGUUGUAAAUUAGGACAGCUUUUAUACCACUUGCAAUAUCAGUUUUAUUUUUGACACUAUAUUUUCUUCCUAGUGUGGUCUGUUUUUUUUUUUUU